UUAAAUCUUAUUGAAGUUUCAAAACAAACAAAUCGAGUUGAAAGUUCUUUAUAAUAAAUUGAAAUCCUAUAAAAAAUAACAAAUAUAAUUUUCAAAAUGCGUUUCACAUUCUUUAUUAUUGCACUUGUUUCAUUUAUCGCAUCAACAUCCACUUCUCCCAUUGAUGACGAUCAAAUUAAAGAAAGUAAGAUGAACUUGGCUAUCAGUGACGAUUCUGAAUUAGAAUUUACAGCACUAGGACCCAAAUGUCAACCGAGACCAUGUGAUGAAUAUUGCAAAUUAAUUGGACAUGUUUAUGGUCGUUGCCAGUUUGGAAACUGUCAUUGUAAAGACAAAUAAUGGUUAACAUAUGAUUUAUAAUAAUAAUUUUGAUUUAAGCUAAAGCAAAAUAUAUAAAUUAAAGAAUAAU